AUGACGGAUGCCUGGGAUGACAUUAAGGCGUUGAAAAAUAAACGAAAUAAUCUACGCGAAAAGCUAGAGAAACGUAAAAAGGAACGCCAUGGCAUUUUGGCGUCUACCGGCUCGCCGUCAACAAAACAAGAGGAUACCAAUGAGGAUGAUGUUAAGAACGUUUCAUUGGUGGGAAAGAGUGAAAAUGAAUCCGAUACGGCUGUUGAGCAGGCCCUAAUGGAAAUCUUAAGUUCUGAGACGCUGAUAUUGCCCAUAAUAUCCACACAACUACUGCAGAAGGUGGCGGCAAUAACCAAAACACCCGUCGGAAAGGACAGUGUGAAUUAUAUUCUCAAUAAAAUGGCCAAGCAGGGAGCAAUUUGUAUUAAACGGGUUACAAUUGGUGGCGAAGUGGGUUGUGAAGUUAUAUCCGUGGAGACAAAAGUUUUAUUGGAUAUUUAUAAGGCAUUUAUCAAUGAUAAUUAUGAUUUAACUGAAGAGAUACGAAGGAAAUAUAAAAUAUUAUUUGAUGAAGAAGAAGGUUUAUUGGAAGACAGCAUUAGCAAUGACAAACCCGAUGACAGUGAAGAGAGCUCGGAACGAAAGGAGACCUCCAAUAAUGCUGAUUCUGAUGAUAUUAUGUCUCUCCUCUCCAUGCCUUCCACACGUGAAAAACAAAGCAAACAAGUUGGUGAAGAAAUUCUUGAACUGUUGACAAAACCCACUGCCAAAGAACGUUCCGUUGCAGAAAAAUUCAAAUCACAUGGUGGUGCCCAAGUAAUGGAAUUUUGUCCACAUGGCACUAAGGUGGAAUGCCUAAAAGCCCAACAAGCCACUGCCGAAUUAGAGGCUAAAAAGAAAAAAGAACAACAAUUGCAAAAACAAAAACUUAAAUUGGCAAAACAAAAAAGACCCGUAGCGGCUGCCGUAGAUGAAAAUAAAUCCGCAACUGAUAGCAGCAACGCCAAUGGCAAUGAAGAAAGUGCUGCGAAACGUAUGAAACCAAACGAAACCACCGAUGAUAGACAAGACGCGAAUAAAACGGAAAAAACUUGUGAAGAUUCUGGCGCCGAAGAUGGUGAAAUUAUUACGGAUACAAAUAAAGAACCCGAUGAAGAGGAUGGCGGCGAGGAGGAUGAGGGCACAGCGGAAGAAGAUAAUACCGAAGAUGCUUGCAGCACUGAGACGACAAGUAAAUGUACAAAAUUGCAUUUCAAAAAAAUCAUACAAUCCCAUACUGAUGAAUCGUUGGGUGAUUGUAGUUUCCUAAACACUUGCUUCCACAUGGCAACAUGUAAAUAUGUUCACUAUGAGGUCGAUACAUUGCCAAAUAUUAAUACAAAUAAACCGGUUGAUGUAAAGACAAAUCGUUGUAUUAAACGUAGUGUUGAUCCAAAUGUCACGCUCUAUCCGCCACAAUGGAUUCAAUGUGAUUUGCGCUACUUGGAUAUGACAGUAUUGGGUAAAUUUGCUGUUGUCAUGGCUGAUCCACCAUGGGAUAUUCACAUGGAGUUGCCUUAUGGUACAAUGUCUGAUGACGAAAUGAGACAGUUGGGAGUACCGGCUUUACAAGAUGAUGGUCUUAUAUUUCUUUGGGUCACUGGACGUGCCAUGGAAUUGGGACGGGAAUGUCUUACGCUGUGGGGCUAUGAGCGUGUUGAUGAACUUAUUUGGGUUAAAACCAAUCAAUUGCAACGUAUCAUACGUACCGGUCGUACAGGACAUUGGCUUAAUCACGGCAAAGAACAUUGUCUUGUGGGCAUGAAAGGAAAUCCUAAAAAUCUCAAUCGAGGCUUAGAUGGAGAUGUCAUUGUGGCCGAGGUUCGUGCCACAUCCCACAAACCCGAUGAAAUUUAUGGCAUCAUCGAACGUCUAAGUCCCGGCUCGCGUAAAAUUGAAUUAUUCGGUCGGCCGCAUAAUGUCCAACCGAAUUGGAUAACAUUAGGCAAUCAGCUAGAUGGUAUACGUUUAGUUGAUCCUGAACUUAUAACACAAUUUCAAAAACGUUAUCCCGAUGGUAAUUGUAUGGCGCCAGCUACAACAACCACCACUGCCCUAGUUAAGAAAUAAAGUAUUUUAUUUUUUGUAAUUAAUUUCAUCUACUUU